AUGGAGUUGAUUUGUACUCACGCCCUCAGAAUAGUUGUUCUAAACCUACUGGAAGCACAAUAUAGUGAAAGGAACUUAAUCACCUUCUUUGAGAAUUUCCUUAACUUCAUUUUUGUGCUCCAUACGUGGUUUUUAUCAAGGAUCCAGGAAGACUUUAGAGGUGGAAAAAUUAAUCUAGAUAAAACUGUGAAAUUACUUGAAAAAUUAGAUAUCCGGUGCCAUGUUGUUCAUGUGAAAUAUGUUUUUAAGGAUAAUGACAGGCUGAAGCAAGGAAAAAUCACCAUAGAAGAGUUUAGAGCAAUUUAUCGAAUUAUUGCACACAGAGAAGAAGUUUUUGAGAUUUUCAACACAUAUUCCUCGAACCGGAAAAUUCUUUCUGCAAAAAAUCUGACUGACUUUCUGAUGCAAGAACAGUAUGCAGUCGAGACAAGUACACCUUUGGUUUAUGAAAUCAUUCAAAAAUAUGAGCCCAUUGAAGAAGUGAAGAAACAACAGGCGAUGUCAUUUGAAGGUUUUACAAGAUACAUGGAUUCAACUGAAUGUUUACUAUUUAAAAAUGAGUGUAAAAAAGUUUAUCAAGAUAUGACUCAGCCAUUAAAUGAUUAUUUUAUCUCAAGUUCACAUAAUACAUACUUGAUAUCUGAUCAGUUAUUGGGAAGAAGUGACCUUUGGGGAUAUGUAAGUGCCCUUGUGAAAGGAUGCCGUUGUCUAGAAAUCGACUGCUGGGAUGGAGCCCAAAAUGAACCUGUUGUAUACCAUGGCUACACACUCACCAGCAAGAUUCUGUUUAAAACUGUUAUCCAAGUGAUACACAAAUAUGCGUUCAUGACAUCUGACUACCCAGUGGUGCUCUCUUUAGAAAAUCACUGCUCCCCCUCCCAACAAGAAGUGAUGGCAGACAAUUUGCAGACUAUUUUGGGAGAUACUCUGCUUUCUGAUAUACUUGAUGAUUUUCCAGACAAACUGCCUUCACCAGAGGCAUUAAAAUUCAAAAUAUUAGUUAAAAACAAAAAAAUAGGAACCUUAAAGGAAACCCGGGAGAGGAGAGGUUCUGAUACACAUGGCCAGGUAGGGGAAUGCGAAGAAGAAGAAACAGAACAAGAAGAGGAGGAGGAUGAAUACAAAGACUCUGAUGCAUCUGAUAUUUUUCUGGUAAAAGAAACUCAAGAAAAGGAAGGAGAUACAAAAAAGGCAGGUGGAUUAACACUUUUCAAGAGAAAGACCUCGAAGGUAAAAAUAGCUCUGGCUCUAUCUGAUCUUGUCAUUUAUACUAAAGCUGAGAAGUUCAGAACCUUUCAACAUUCAAGGAUGUAUCAGCAAUUUAAUGAAAAUAAUUCUAUUGGGGAGGCACGAGCCCGAAAACUUUUAAAGCUGAGAGCCCACGAAUUUAUUAUUCACACCAGGAAGUUCAUUACCAGAAUAUAUCCCAAGGCAACAAGAACGGACUCCUCUAAUUAUAAUCCUCAAGAAUUUUGGAACAUAGGUUGUCAAAUGGUGGCCUUAAAUUUCCAGACCCCUGGUCUGCCUAUGGACCUGCAAAAUGGGAAAUUUUUGGAUAAUGGUGGUUCUGGAUAUAUUUUGAAACCACAAUUCCUAAGAGAUGGUAAAUCAAACUUUAAUCCAAGUGAAAAACCAAAAGACAGUAAUCCAGUUACACUUACAAUAAGGCUCAUCAGUGGUAUCCAGUUGCCUCCUAGUUAUCACUCAUCAACCAACAAAGCAGACACCCUGGUGAUAAUAGAAAUUUUUGGUGUUCCAAAUGAUCGAGUGAAACAGCAGACUCGUGUAAUUAAAAAAAAUGCUUUUAGUCCAAGAUGGAAUGAAACAUUCACAUUUAUUAUUCACAUGCCAGAAUUGGCUCUGAUACGAUUUGUUGUUGAAAAUCAAGGUACGCUAACUGGAAAUGAAUUUCUCGGGCAAUAUACUUUACCAGUUCUAUGCAUGAACAAAGGUUACCGUCGUGUUCCUCUGUUUUCCAGAUUUGGUGAAAGUCUUGAUCCUGCUUCGCUGUUUAUUUAUGUUUGGUACAUCCGAUAG